UCAGGGAAUUCUGGAUGACUUGCACGAUUAACCAGAAAUACCAGUUGGCCAUCUUUUACUGAAACCGCCUACAGUCACAAUGCCUUGAAAUUUAAAGGAAGUUUUCUUGUGAACUCACUCGAUAGAAACCCUUCAACCUGAUGGCUGCGAAAACGACGGUUCCUGAAGAAGACAUAACUUGCCCUCAAUGCACGGACAUUUAUUGCCUUCCAGUUCUUUUAAAAUGUGGCCACAACAUUUGCAGAGUUUGCCUGUUUAACUACUGGGAGUGGAAAGGAUUGCGAGAGUGUCCCGUCUGUGGCAUCGUGUCUGACACCAAGAGACCUCCUAUUAAUCUGGCACUGCACAAUGUCGCAAAGGAACACAAAGUGCUUAUAAUGACCAGCAGUCAAAACAAAUGUUGUCAACACAACGAGAAGUUGAAGAUUUUUUGUCACAACGACGGAGAGCUCAUCUGUCUUAUCUGCCAACUUUCAAAAGAGCAUAAAGUCCACGAAUGCAGCCCAGUAGAAGAAGCAGCCGAACAGAAAAAGGCAGAAAUAUCAGCCAGCCUUGAGUCUUUACAGAAUAAAACGCAAGCAUAUGAAAAUGAGACAGCAAUCAAGGAGGAGUUUAAAAAGUUCCACCAGUUGCUUCAGGACGAGGAAAACACAAGGCUGAAGGUGCUCAAACUGGAGGAGGAAACCAAAACUCAAAUCAUGCGUAAGAAGCUGGAAAACAUCAGCGACCAGAUCAACACUCUCUCCUCCACGAUCAGUGAUAUUGAAAAAGCCCUCAAAGCAGAAGAUAUACAGCUUCUACAGAACUACAAGAAGACAAAGAAAAGGCUGCAAUGCAGCAUUGGAGAGCCAGAGGUCAUCAGAGAUAUCCUGAUAAACUCUGCAAAGCAUCUGGGAUCGCUUAGUUUUCACAUUUGGAAGAAGGUGGAAGACAUUGUCAGAUGUGUUCCUGUUGUUUUGGAUCCAAACACUGCCCAGUCCAACCUAGAGUUCUCUGAAGAACUGUCCUGUGUGCAAUACAGCAGCAAGAAGCUCCUACCCAACAAUCCUGAACGCCUCAUCAACCGUGUUUCUGUGCUGGGAGCCACUGGUUUUACAUCUGGAAAGCACAGCUGGACUGUAGAUGUGGGCCAAGGCAAAGACUGGUACAUCGGAGUGGCUCUAGACUCCAUCCAAAGAAAGAAUACCAUCUUCCUCAGCCCUGCUGAGGGUUUCUGGGUAAUUGGUUUGAGCAAUGGAGACUCACUGUGGGCACAGACCACACCUCGCUCCAAGCUCCCAAUGAAGGAGAAGCCCAACAGGAUUACAGUAGAGCUGGACUAUGAGAAGGGAAAAGUUGUUUUCAUCAAUGCUGCAGAUUCUACAAAGAUCCACACAUUCAAAGACAAAUUUACUGAGAAGGUUUUUCCCUACUUUUCCCCCGGAUUGUGUGAAGACAAAAAAAAAUCAAGCAAACUGAAAAUCUGUCCCCAGGUAAUAAAAGUACAAGUAGAAUAGUCAGAGGCUACGUUAUAUUUAACAGGCUGCGCUGACUGAUAAAUCAAUGCUUUACACAUGGAAUUCAGGAGGAAACAACUGUCUGAGGAGUGGAACUCAGACACUGUUUUUCUUUUGUAUGUGGCAUAGGUAUAACUAUGGGGAAAAACAGAGGCAUUAUGUUUUCAGGCAAAGUGAUAUUUUAGCUUCAUUUUCAAACAUAGUGACAAAGGUUAAUAAAAAAAAAAAAAGUCUCAUCAACCGUGUUUCUGUGCUGGAGUAGUCAACUGAUUCGCACCUGCUAGUGACUCAGGAAAGACUCCCAGGUUACCUGGUGAUAGUCACAGUUUAAUGUGGGAAGCUGUCUGCUUGAUAUAAUGUAACAUCAUUACGUUAUAACUACGUUAAUGCACUUUGUUUCCUCAGCUUAGAGCUGUUGGAGCUUGUGUUUACCCUGAGAGGGAAUUAUCUGAAUUAAAACUGAUAAAUGUGAUUUAAAAGGAGGGAGCCAUAGACACCGAGAAGCAUAUCAGAAAGCAGUUUCAGGAACAGGGUGGAAUCAUUUGCUUUUGAUCAUUUUUGAUCUGACUCAGCUUAACUUGCUGGCUUAACUUCUCUUCUGGACACAUCUUUCCUUUAUAUGCAGCUCUCUGAUGUCAAAUAGAGUAUAGAACUUUAUUAAUCCCUAUGAUGUUUGAUGUAUUGUUUAAACUCGCUUUUGGUUGAUUUUGUUUUGUUUUAGAUUUUAAUGUCUGUUU